UUCCGGACGCUAGGCUUCUCUGGGUAAUUGUGUCUGUUACAGUUCAGUUUGUCUUGUUGAACGUUGUUAUUGUUGUUUACAAUCAGAUGUCUUUGGCUCCUAAUAGACCUUUCUUGGCGGAUGCUGGCUAUGGAGAGCAAGAGCUCGAUGCAAAUUCCGCUCUUAUGGAGCUGGAUAAAGGGCUGAGAUCUGGCAAACUUGGUGAACAGUGUGAAGCUGUGGUCCGUUUUCCUCGUCUCUUUCAGAAAUAUCCUUUCCCAAUUCUUAUAAACUCUGCUUUCCUGAAGCUGGCGGAUGUUUUCAGAGUGGGGAAUAACUUCUUAAGGCUAUGUGUUUUAAAGGUAACACAGCAAAGUGAAAAACAUCUGGAAAAGAUUCUGAAUGUAGAUGAGUUUGUGAAGAGGAUUUUUUCUGUCAUUCACAGUAAUGAUCCUGUGGCCAGAGCCAUGACACUCCGGUUGUUGGGAAGUCUUGCUACCAUAAUCCCAGAGAGAAAAAAUGCCCACCACAGUAUCCGUCAGAGCCUGGACUCUCAUGACAAUGUGGAAGUGGAAGCAGCCAUUUUUGCAGCAGCUAAUUUCUCUGCUCAGUCUAAGGAUUUUGCUGCAGGAAUUUGCAAUAAAGUAAUAGAGAUGAUCCAAGGUUUGGCUACUCCAGUGGACCUGAAGAUCAAGCUGAUACCCAUUCUGCAGUACAUGCACCAUGAUGCUAACCUGGCCUCUAGCACCAGACAGCUCCUGCAGCAGCUGGUAGCAUCUUACCCUUCUACCAAGAUGGUAAUAGUCACCCUACAUACCUUCACUCUCCUGGCUGCUUCAUCUUUAGUUGACAUCCCUAAACAGAUUCAGCUUUUGCUUCAGUAUCUGAAAGAUGACCCCAGAAAAGCUGUGAAACGGUUGACUAUCCAUAACCUGAACUACUUGGCAAAGAAAACCCCUCACAUGUGGACAAGAGAAAAUAUACAGGUUCUUUGUGAAUUUGCUCUUCAGACACCCUAUGACAGUCUCAAACUAGGCACAUUGUCUGCACUUUCUACACUGUCUGGAACAAUUGCAGUCAAACAGUACCUCUACUCAGUACCAGGAAGUGCAGCUGCCUCUGCUAGAUCUGCUGAACUGGUAAAAUUGGCCCAGGAGUGCUGCUACCACAGUAAUCGUGCAAUUGCUGUGCAUGGAGUUACGGUUUUGACAAACAUAGUCGCUUCCUGCCAAGAAAAUGAUCUCUUACCUUUGGAGCAAGAUGCAGUAUUUGGGUUAGAAUCUCUACUGCUACUUUGCAGUCAAGAUGACAGUGCUGGAACGCAGUCCACACUGAAGGGCUCGUGCUGCAAGUUGCUUAUUCAAGGCUGUUCAAAGACAACUCUGAGAUGCAUGGUGAAGCUGGCCAGGUGUCGUCCACACCUGAGUCAGUCUGUAGUAGAGUUCCUCCUGACAACUUUGCAUGUUGUACAAGAUAGUGCCAGAAUCCUGAUGUGUCACUGCUUAGCAGCCAUUGCAAUGCAGCUGCCUAUACUGGGAGAUGGAAUGCUGGGAGAUGUGUUGGAAAUGUACAAAAUUAUUGGACGGUCAGCCACCAAUAAACAGCAGGAACUUUUGGUUUCUUUGGCUACAGUGAUUUUUGUUGGCAGUCAUGCAGGUCUGCCUUCAGAAGUGAAGACUGUGAUCAAACAGCAAUUGGAAAAUGUAUCAAAUGGUUGGACUGUUUACAGGAUAGCCAGACAAGCCUCCAGGAUGGGUAACCAUGACAUGGCAGCUGAAUUGUAUCAAGGACUGCUUACCAAGGUUGCAUCAGAACAUUUCUAUUUCUGGAUGAACAGCUUGAAGGAGUUUUCCUGUGGAGAACAGUGCCUUGUAGAGCUGCAAGACGACAGUGACUACAGUUCUGCACUAUCCUGUAUUGCUGAGGCUUUAAAAUUCUAUCACAGAGGCAUUGUCUCCCUCACGGCUGCUAGUACUCCACUGAAUCCACUAAGUUUUCAGUGUGAAUUUGUGAAAAUUCGAAUUGACACUCUUCAGGCAUUUUCCCAGCUCAUCUGCACUUGCAAUAGUCUGAAAACAAGUCCUCCCCCUGCUAUUGCUACUGCAGUAGCCCUGGCCUCAGGAAAUGAUCUACAGAGGUGUGGCCGUAUCUCCCACCAGAUGAAGCUUUGCAUGGAAGAGUUCCGAAACCUUGCUGCCCUUUACAGUAACUUGUACCAGUCUUCCUUCGAUGCUGACUCUGCUACCUUGAGGAAUGUAGAACUUCAGCAGCAGAGUUGCCUGUUAAUCGCACAUGCAAUUGAAGCACUUAUUUUGGAUCCAGAGUCUGCCAGCUUUCAGGAAUCCAUUUUAACUGGGGCUACUCAAGCUGAUAGUGAAUAUGAACGAAGAAUGAUGUCUGUGUUUAGCACUGUGUUGGAGAAGGUAGAAAUUCUCAGCAGAAAGUAUACCCCUGUCUCCUACAUGCACACCAUCUGCCUAUGUGAUACAGUCAUCGCUCUGAUGAAAAUUCCUCUUUCAUUUCAAAGGUACUUCUUCCAGAGACUGCAGUCUACCAGCAUUAAGCUUGCCUUAUCACCUUCUCCAAGACUCCCAAGUGAACCAAUUACAGUCCAGAGUAAUCAGCAGUUAACACUGAAAGUGGAAGGAGUAGUCCAACAUGGAUCCAAACCAGGACUCUUCCGUAAAAUCCAGUCUGUCUGUCUUAACGUGUCCUCAGUCCUACAGACAAAAUCUGCACAGGAGUUUAAAGUACCUAUCGACAACAUGACCAAUGAACUUGAGCAGAAGGUCGAGCCACACAAUGAUUAUUUCAGUACACAGUUCCUAUUGAACUUUUCAGUCCUUGGUACCCAUGUAGUAACUGUGGAAGCAUCUGUUGUUGACUCCAGUGGGAUUAUUUGGAAAACAGGCCCCAAAACUACCAUGGCCAUUAAAUCUUUGGAAGAUCCUUACUCCCAGCAACUUCGCCUCCAGCAGCAGCAGCAGCAACAACAGCAGCAGCAGCAGUCAUCUCAACAUCAAGUGCAAACGCAACGGACUGCGUACUCACGAUUUUAGAUGCAGAUUGCAACUCACUGCAGCAUACUGUUUCUUUUCAGAUUUGAUUCUCAUCUGUCAAUAAAACAAAGUUUUUUUUUUGUA